AUGAGGACCGCGCCCACGUGGGCCCUAGAGGCUCUGGUGGGUUUGCCCUCUCUGGCGGAUCGGGUGUGGAUGAAGGCGACCAGGACGGCUGCCAACAACGGUAUCAGACAGGGAGACUCUCUUAAUCCGUUAUUAUUUAAUAUAAUUAUGGAUGAAGCGAUAAAAAAAGUUCGUUUGGAUAGAGGGUACAGAAUGGGUAAUGAUGAAGUGACAAUUAUCUGCCAUGCAGACGAUGCAAUGAUAUGCGCAGAGAACGAAGAAGAUUUGCAGAGACUUUUAAACAUCUUCAACCGCACAGGCAAUCAAUUUAACAUGACUAUCUCAGCCCAAAAAACAAAAUCUAUGACCACAUCAAAAGAGCCGUUCAGAUGUAAACUGGAAGUGGACGGGCAAGAUGAAGUGAGGCAACAGGUAGCAAAAGCCAAUAAGGUGGCAGGCUGCUUAAACGAUGUAAUUUGGCGUAACAAACAUCUGAAAAAACAUACUAAAGUACGAGUCUACAAAACAACGAUCAGACUGAUCAUGACCUACACGGCAGAAACAAAAUCAGAUACCGCACAAACUAGACGACUUCUGGAGACUACGGAAAUGAAGAUUCUCCGCCGCAUCUCAGGAAAAACACUACUAUACAGAGAAAGAAACGAAAACAUCAGGCAAUCGUGCAGAGUGGACGCCGUGAACGACUGGUGCUCCAAAGAAAAAAACAGUGGAAUGACGAUCUCAAUCCAGGUUGAGAGGCGACCGAUGAAGGAACAGACCAUAGGCCUACUAUAG